GUUUCUCAUGAACGUUUGUAAGUUUAAUGGUUGUGGUUUAACUUUUCCUACUUUACGAGAGCUCAUUCAGCAUAUUGAAGAAACGCACAUUGAUUUUGAUCCUCAUUUCAUUGAGAAGCAAGAACUUCAACCACCAUCGUCUCUUCCUAUUAGCUAUAUUUUAAGAGUGUUUACAGAGACGGGAAAAAAAGAAACCAUUGAUGGGCCAAAAAAGAAACAACAAAGCCAGUCUCCAACUUCAUCUUUAAACAGUGUACCACCAAUUGGCACUGGGAGCGAGGUUGAUGAUGAAGAUAUGAUGAGUGGCUCAGAAGAUAGCAAUGACUCGUGGGCCAAUCAGGAUGAAUUUCUAUCUGAAUUCAUUCUCAGGAUGAUUGGUUCAGCAAACUCAAGUGAGGGCAGACCAUUUGCUUGUCCUGUUACUGGAUGUAAGAAACGGUAUAAGAAUCUCAAUGGUAUAAAAUACCAUGCAAAGAAUGGACACAAGAAAGAAGCAAAACCUAAGAAGAUUUACAAGUGCCAAUGUGGUAAAACAUACAUGACAUCCCAGGGUUUGAAAAACCACAGUUUAAUGCAUCAUACAGGCUUAUCGACUACGUCCACAGUUUCUCCUCUCACAAAGGAAAGAUCCCUAACAGCAAUGGUCAACAGCCCUGCCACCCUAGCUCUACUAACCCAAGGUCAGUCAGUCCAAGCAGCCACAGUAAUUACACAAAGUCAUGUACUUCAAAGCAUCAACACUAUAACAGGUGCAAGUUCAAAGGUCAAACAAAUUGUCCAGUCUGCCCAGCAUCCUACCGGUCAAGAAACUUCUCCAGCAGCAAGUCCACAGAAAGCAUUGAUCCUUCAUCAGUGUUUAAGAAAUGGAGAGGUACAUGCAGGUAAUGAAAUUAAGAAGGAUUGUGCUAAUUUGGUAGUUCAAAGGAAAGCAGACAGCACAACUGGAUUUGCAAUGAUUUGUGAGGCAAUUCGUCCUAACCACACCCCAGCUAUAUCCAACAUGACAGAAUCUGUAACUUCUUCCAUCAGUCCUACAGAAACUCCCCAGGAUCAGCCUGAAAGAAGUAUUACACCACUUCUGCAGAUGGUGGGAGAGACUCGGCCACAUACGCCAGACAAUUCUGUUAGUAAACAACAUACUUUAGCUUUACAUAGCAACUUGCCUCCUACCCCUCAGACUCCUUCCAUGUCCUUACCCACUAUAAAGCUUCCUCCUAUUUCCCCAACUCUUCAGCAACAUUUACUUAGUCCUAUAACCCCUAUGAAAAGUAACCAGUCUUCUGUACAAAGUCCUGCUACAGGCUAACUGAAAUCAAAUAUGCCACAUAGAAGUACGUUACAUUGUUUUUUUUGAAGUUGAUAUGCUGUUGAGUGAUGACCAAAAUGCAUGUCACGUAUACAUCGUAAAAAACAGUGUAUCAGAAUCUGUAGCUGUUGGAAUGUAGUGUCAGAAUUUGAGAAAGAUAUUACAUACGUUUAUGCUAAAAGCUGGUGUUGUAUUAAAAGCAAUCCAUAAUUGUGAAUAGUUGAUCGUAUUAGUAUGUGCUUACAUUCUAUGACUAACGUACCAUGCUCAUUUAGAACUGCAUUUUGAAACAUCUCUAACUUUUUAUGUUAGAAAACAAUAUUGAAAUUAUCAGUAGAUGAAUCAUUCUUCACUUGCCCUUUUCUUUGGAAGGAUUUUUCUUUUCAUUAUUUAGAAGAUUUGCUUAAUGAUGGGUCAGAGCUCAUGGUACACUGCCAGUAUGGGAAGAAACGCAAAUACUCGUAUAUGUUCAUUACUUCUGAUUUCAAUACUUGAAUACACUGCCAAUAAAAUGAGUUUUGCAUAUAUUCCUGCAUAUCUGGGGUUCUUAUAAUAAGUGUAGCUCUCAUCCUUUCAAGUGUAGUUUUUGUCCCAAUAUCUUUGUAUGAAGAUAUUUAUUUAUGGUUUUCAUCUGAUAACAAAUGAAGUAAUAUAUUCCAAUUAUUGGAUGAAGAAUUAUUUUUUUUAAUGUUGCUAAGACCCACCUUUGGCUACCUCAUUGGAAGUGAAAAAUUAUAUAUCAUUAUUUUUGUGACAUGUUGUGAUUAAUUUUGUUUUCUCUUAAACCACAGAAAUUAAAUCUUUUUUGAAGAUUGUAGGUAGUAAGUUAGGAAGUGCAAGCAUUACGUAAGUUUUUAAGUAACUAAUUUCAUAACAUAUUAAUAAAGAUUUUUACUUGUAAAAAGAUAUUUAGAAGAAAUUUGGAAACAUUAAGGAGAAAUUGUGUUUUUCCCAUUUCUUUCUAAAUAAUGCUAAUUUCAAUUAUUGGUAUUGACAGAUGAGACAAUAUGUGAUACUUGUGUUUCAUAACUAUUUUUCGUAAGGAUGGGAGCACCAACAUUAUUAACAUUAAGAUAAAUACUUGAUCUGAAAGAAUAUGUGCAUAACAUGCCAAACUGUUCAAAAGAAUACGUGUAUGAACAUGAUUAAUACAUAAAUUUAUCAUAUAAGAGGCUUAAUAAAGCUUUCCUGGAUACCCUGGCUUGAGCCAAGUUGUUUAACUUGAAAAACGAACUACUGACAAGUUGAUACUAUCUUUAUGAUAAUAUAAAUGUUAAUGUAUUUAUGAAACAUUUAUUAAUACUAGGAAGUGAGUAACCCUCGUAAUUAUUGUGGUUCCUUAAAUUAUCCAAGAAAUUUGCAUUUUUUAGACAAACAUGUACGAAAGUGAAGUAGACAAGAGUUGUCCUAGUGGUUAGCAUGCUGAACUGUGAACUUAUAUCCAGCUAACACAUGAUGUUUUUACAAUGUUGCUGAAUAGUUGUGCAUUAGUAAAAUCCAUUAAUAUAUAUAUAUGUGUGUAUAUAUAUUCACCAUUAAUGUGUAACAGUGCGACAACAUUGUCACAAUAUAUAAUGCAUGAUGUUAGUGAAAUCCCACUUUUUGACUAGAGUUAGCACUGAGUGCUGUUGACUAGCUGCCUUCCAUCUAGUCUGUCAGUUUGAAAUUAAGAAUGGCUAAUGUAGAUAUCCCUUGUGUUGCUUUGCAUAAGUAUCAAAUGAACAAAAAUUUAAUCAACUUAGAAUUAUUAGUUUAGAGAAAUGUUAUUGGAAAGGGUAAGUGAAAAAUUUUUCACAAAUAUUCUAUUCCUGAUUUUAAGGAAUGAAAGCCUAUUAUUACCAGUUAAGUAGCGACAGAUAGUUUGCUUUACUGAAUUAUGAAUAAACUACAAACUAUGAUAUUAACUUGUGUGUAAUAUCUUUACAAAUAUAAUGACAUUUUGUUGAAAUUAUGGUUUAGGUUGGAAUAGUUAUAAAUUUACAGUUGUUAUUGCUUUUUAUUUUUGUUUUAAAAUUAGUAUUUUUCAUGUAUUUUAGUCAAGAUAAUGUUCCUUUUUUAAAUGGUUAUUACUAAUGAGAGAACAUAUUACCACUAGAGUCUAUCAAUAUGAACAAAAUCUAGAAAAACAACUACAUUAAAUGUGAAUCAAGCAUGAAACUUAUUUUUUAUUGUUUUUUUUUUAUAUAACCUAGUCUUUAUAGUUUAGUGUUUUUUGCUCAAGAUAUACUUUUUUGUUAAUCUUUUAGAUAACCCAGAUAGUAUACUUGUGUAUUCCAGCUAACGAAUCAUAAUAAUAUUAUAGUGAAUGAAGAUAGAAUAUUUAAAAUGAUUGUGUAUGACUAAACAAGAUUAAAAUUUACUGAGUACAGCAUAAAAACAACUACUUUCGUACAUUCACAUGUUAAAUUUAUUAAUGUUUCUAUAAAAAAAUAAUUAAUUGGUAUUAGUAUUUUGGUAAAAUAUUUCAGUGAUUUACCAUUUUGUUAAUUUGCCAAAAAAACUGUAAAAGAAAUAAAAAUGUAAGGCAAGUGUUUCAUAAGUGUAUUCUAUUGAGGCAUUUUAACAAAAUUGUGUUGGUAAAAAUCUCAAUCCUAAUGAUAUGAAAUUAUUUUUAAUGUUUAGAUAAAACGUUUUUUUAUUGUAUAAUAUUUAUACAAAAAAAAAUGUCUUAAA